GCCAACAAAAUUGAAUUACUAAACAGAGAAAACCAAAAACAAAAACCAAACAAAACUUGUUCAAUCAAGUUCAGAGCUGAAUUCAUACAACCAACUACUAACCAACUACAGGUUGAAUCAAUAAAUAUUGAAAGACAAUUUUUCAAUAU